AUGGAAACGACCUUGAGUUCGCGCGUUCAGUCACCCUCCGUCCUUGCGGCCCCUCCCCGCCCAUGGACCAAGCCCCUUCUUUGGCGCCGCCGCCAUAGCCCACUGCGGACUCGCGAGAUCCAGAUCAGUCGCGUAAGGGCCCUCGGCAGCCUUAAGGAGGCAGCCCUUCAGCCGUCCGAUCGCGGGCCAUUCGAUGGCCUCUUCGUCGUCGAGCUACUCGCACCUCUUCUGGUAGGAGCAUUGCAGCGUCCAUCAGUUUCCGUUGCAUUGCCGACACCGACGACCGGAGAUAGGCAGCUAACAUCUUUCCCUGGAAUCCAAUCGAAGAGGAUUUGAUAAAAUGGACGCGAACUGGAACAUCUAAAAUCGCACGCCGACCCCGCGCUCCUACAUGGGU